UAGUCUGCAGUAGAUCGAGUCCGUUACAAUCACUCUGAACUGAACCCGGAAGUCCAAAGCCAACCCGUCGCGCAGAAUAACCUCUCGACUCUCGAGCGCCUCCUCCCCGAACCCCGACCGUCCGCUCCGCCCACCCUGCGCCAAAAUCAAACCCCCGCUCGUCCGCUCCGGUGAUCCGCCGCUCCGGGAGGCGAAGCCCCACGACCCGACCGCGCGGAGCCUCUGCCCGCCAUGACCGAGUAUUGGGUGAGCCAAGGAAACAAAUGGUGCGACUUGUGCAAAAUCUUCAUAUCCAACAAUCCCUUCAGCAUCAGAACACAUGAACUCGGCAAACGCCACAAGGACAAUGUCACCCAAAGAUUGUCUACGAUGCAAAAGGAUGGUGCUGCUAAGGAAAAGGAGCAGCAACAAGCAGCAAAAGCUCUCCAACUGAUAGAGGCUAAAGCUAAAAAGAGUUACCAGAAAGAUUUAGAGAAUAACCAGAGAAACACUGAUGGUGACAGUUCUGCAGCACCUGGAGAAGGAUGGGUAUUUGACUCAACUUCAGGAUAUUAUUAUGAUAAAGCCACUGGACUUUAUUACGACUCGAACUCUGGUUUCUAUUAUUCCGACGGAUUAGGCAAAUGGGUCACCCAGGAAGAGGCAUACAAGUGGGCGGAAACCUCAAAAACCAAUGUUGCGCAAUCCUCGACCUCGCAACCAAAACCGGCUGGUGGAGGCGGGCCUGUCGCCGGUAUUAAAGGAGGGCCAGCCCCAGGUGUGGUUGUCACGAAACCACUGAAUCCGAUGAGAGCUGUGAAGGGUGCUCCUUCAGCUCUUGCUGCUAAUAAGAGAAAAAGAGAGGACACCAAGAAGCCCAAGGUGGUCUCGAAGGAGGAGGAGGCAGCACUCAGAGCACGGGAAGCAGCUCGGAAAAGAGUGGAGGACAGGGAGAAGCCUCUCAUGGGAUUGUACAAGACGUACUGAGUUGUCAAUGUUCCCAAGCUCAAGGGGCGCGCCCAUCAGUUGCGCUAAAACAGUGGAGAUGCUAAUGGAUGGAAUUGUUCUGAAAGAAAAGACGGGGAGACCAGCACUGAGUCCCGAGCUCUUGAGCGUCAGUGGCACAUGUAUGCAUUGUACAAUACCUCGUCAAAAGUUCCUAAAUCAGCCACAGGUUCCCUUUGUGCGAAACAUGUAAAUGAUCAGCUCAUCGAUUAUCAUCUCUCGUGUUGUGUUUUCCCAAUGGAUUGCAUGCAUGAUAUAAUGCCGUCAACUGUGGCCGAUGUGAGCGCUGCUGGAGAUAGAUUGUACUGCCAUCUCUACAUCAUCAGUUCAUUUAAGUUGUGAUUA